AGUCUUUGACCGAUUUUCUUAAAGCUCGGUUCGUUUUCGGAUAUAUUUACCAGAAUAAUUACAUAUCUAAGUUGUUAUUAUUCUCUAAGAAUAUUCAUGUUCAACACGAUAACUAUCUUUAUUCAGAUGAUGUGAAAUUUUCACGCUUCGUGUCGUAUUUAAAGUUCGCUGUAGGUGACUUUUUAGAGAAACAUAAAUAACAUUUAAAUGCAGUGAAAGAAACAUUUUUGGAUUAACCUCGAUUUCAUGGAGUUGAAGUACAAAGGUUCACAUGAAAGCCAGAUUUGACAUUUCUAAAAUCAAUUAACAGUUCAUUUGUUAUCAUUAAAAAUAAAUCAAGCAAGUUAUUGAAAUAUUUGUUAAGAAAAUUUUGGAAGAGCUGUAAAGAGAUAUUUUUUUCGUGAUUAUUUUGAUUGCAUAAUGAAAAAUGGACAAAAACAAAAGCAUCUUGCAUAGUACCACAGGUAAAAAGGUUGGGCCUCCAGUUCCACCCCGUCCUUCAUCUAUAGCAGUUCAAAAGGCUCUCGAGAAGACAAGAAAUCAAUCAACAUUUUUACAAAACUAUCGUCAAAUCAGUUCCCCAUUCCUUCAAGGUAGUACCGUAAUUGUUGACUCAUCAAGAGCGAGUGUUGAACAUGUUAGCCAUCAGUCUCAAAAAAUCAACAAUAGUAGUUGUGAAUAUAAAUAUUUUGACUGUGAGAUUGAUGAAUCAUCAUCGGAUUUUAACGCAACGACUCAGAAAAAUGGCAACAACGCACGUAAUUGUGGAAGUUUAAGUAAUCGAGUUGUUGCUACAAAAUCGGAUGUUACAUCGAGAAAUAAAAUUAUUGAUAAACAUUCUUUCAACUCGAAAGCUCAGAUAAAAGUCUCAACAGUUCUGGUCAAUGCUUCAGCAUCAGCAUCAUCAUCGUCAGUAGACAAUUUUCACCAGCAAAGCAGUUACGCAAAAUCAUCGAUGCAAAACAAAAAUUUUCAAUCAGCUGAUGUAAGCGUAAAGAGUCGUAACGACGAAUUAAAAGAGAAACUGUUAGAUGAAAUCUUAAGCCAAUCAAAUACAGUUGAAACGUCAACAAAACAAGUCAAGUACAAUGGAUCGAAUCUUAAACGAUCAUCAUCAUUCGAUGUUCUGAAUGAAUUGUUUGGUGAUAAAACUAAGAGUGAUAAGAAAGUCAUCUUCCAUGAGAUGCUCAUAUCGGAAUUGUCUGAAAUGCGUAAAGAAUCAAAUCCACGCUUAAGUUCAGCAAAGUCAUCGCCCGAUAUUUCAUCAGAAGGAAAUUUAAAUGUUUUUGAGUUAGACGAAAAGAAGUUUAACACUUUUGUAAGCUUAGACGAUUCAGGUGUUGAAGAUGAAGGGAAAAUGGACGACUGUUCGUCGUCUGGUGUUGGGGAUUCAUGGGAUAGCUCAAAGGAAACAGAAAACUGUAUCAUCAUGUCACUUCCUGGCUUACCUCCAUUACCAAAAAGUUUAAGCGGUAUUGAACUUACCCAAGAACAACUACAAAUUCAACAACACCAAACGAAUCAACUUAAUAACUAUCAUAAUGAACUUCAAAAACAACAGCAACAGUCAAGUCAAUUGAAUUCAUUUGACUCUCAACGUAGUUUAACUUCGUCAUCUUCAUCGUCCAUCACUCGAAAAAGCAACUUAACCUUAGAUAAUCAGCUUGCAAUUUUGAGAAGGGAAAUGUACGGCUUGCGACAACUUGAUCUUAGUCUUUUAUCGCAAUUAUGGGCAUUGAACGAAUCCAUCCAAGAAUUCCGCACAAUGCUUGAAGAAAAUGAAAAUUUAUCCCCACACUCUCCAUCACCGUCAAACUCUGAUCUCAAUUCAUUGGCAUCCGACGACGAGGAAGGAGUGAAUGAAGACAAUAAUAAUAAUUUAACCAUAAACGGUAAUGCACCAGCAGUUGCAACUAAUAAAGCAAGCAAAAAACAGGAAAAUGAUUUUAUUGAGGACAUGCAUCAGAAAUUAGAAAAACAAAUACAACGAAUGAGAAUUGCACCACCAGCUCCGCCAAAUAGGAAACCAGCUAAAAGCUCACAGUCGCCUUCGCGACCUGUCUGAGCACUUUCUUUAAUAUAUCUCAUGUAAAUAAACACAUAAAAUAAAUCAAUGAAUUCAAAUCGAUUUUCCUCUGUCCAUUUAAUGGACAAAAAUUAGUUUUCAAAUUAAAUCUUUGUGCUCGAAUGAAGUUUAAAUAAAUAUUUGAUGUUCUCAAUUUAUUCUCAUAUUGUCCAUUAAUUGAUUGACCUUUUCCAAGUAAAAUUCCUUCGAAAAGAAUGAAAUUUCUAAAUUAAAAUAUCACUUCACAGUUGUCCAUGACAUUUAAUCAACAAAAAAUAGCAAUUGAAGCUAAUUAUGUAAGGAAUCUCGAUGCUACUACCUAAAUAAUGUAAAUGUGAUUAAAUAUUCUUAGUUGUUUACUUAAGAAGUGAAAACUGUUUCAAUUAUAAAAUAAAUAAGUAGAUAAUAAAAAGAAUGAAAUGGAAAACAAUUUUUUUGAUUAUUCAUAAAUUUAAAUAUUUUAUUGAUCAAGACGGGAAAGGAUAGCGAAAGUUAUUCGAAUAGUCUGGAACAUGUUUCAAAUAGCCUUAUUCAUAAGGAACGAGAUCAAUAUUGGUUUCAAACCAGUUUAACCGCUAAAUAAAUGUUAAGCGAACGUGACAGUAGUUGCAAAUAUUCAUUAAAA